AAGCAAACUUCGUGGGAAGCCCAUUGAGUUCGCAUAUCAUGGUGAGGGAAUUGUCUCAACCUGGUGGUUCUAUCCUUGAUUCAGAUGAUCAAGUGCUUGCUUUCCUCCAAAAAUGCUUGGAUGUUUUAGAACAUAAGUCCAUUGUCAAGGAAUGCUUCAUGAUUUGGGUCUAUUUCCUGAAGAUCAGAUUAUCCCCGUUUCUGCCCUCUUUGAUAUCUGGACAGAAAUGCAUAACCUACUUGAAGAGUUCUGUGCAUUGCCAUAUAUCUACGACUUAACUUCCAGGAAUCUUUCCACUAUCGUAGUUACCAGGAAAGUGGCAAGUGAAACAGACAACUACUACAAUAACCACUUCCUGAUGCAGCAUGAUCUUCUGAGAGAUCUAGCCAUUCAUAUAAGCAAAAGGAAGCCAUUGGAACAGAGGGAAAACCUGAUUAUUGACAUAAAUAAAAAUAAUCAUCCUGAAUUGUGGUCAUAACCAAAAAAGCAAGGCAUCGUUUCUCGCAUAUCUCGGAAAUGGUCUAUUCUACAGAAGCUUAAGCAUGUCACUGCCCGCUCCGUCUCUAUAUCAUCCGGUUUGAUCUCCCUUUCUAUGCAAGUAGAGUCACACACUUUUUAUGAGAGAUUCUUAGAUACACUUCAGGUAACACAGAUGGUCAUUUAAAACUCACUAAAGCGGGUGUUGCGAGCUUCAAGGUCCGCUGACAGUCUAACACCCACUUGGAAAUUAUCCCUUUACAUGUGUAAUAUGAGUCAGGCUUUUAGAAGCAGUACUGGCACUAAGGAUGCGCUACCAAAUUUGGUGGAUAUGAGCAUUGACUAUUGCAAAGAUUUGAAGGCACUGCCCGUUGGGUUCUGUGAUAUUACUUCCUUAGAGAAGCUGAGCAUCACUAACUGUCACAGUUUCUCCAGUCUGCCCCAAGAUAUCGGAAAGCUAGAGAAUUUGCAAGUGCUGAGGCUUAAUAACUGUACUGAUUUGGUAGACAUUCCCGAUUCAGUCACAAUGCUUCAAAAUCUUAGCCUUCUUGACAUCUCUUACUGCAUAAACCUGCGAAGAUUACCAAAGGACAUUGGUGAGUUGAGUAAUCUAGCAAAGCUCUACAUGAUGGGUUGUUCAAAAUUGUCUGAGUUGCCAACCUCUGUCACCAAACUUGAGAAGCUGAGGAAGGUUAUAUGCGAUGAGGAAAUAGCCAUCGGAUUGAGAGAAUAUUUGGAUCAUACAGCUCUCAGACCGACCAUAGAGAUGACCAAAGAUGAUAAUAAUUUUAACUUAAAUUGGCUUCAUGGUGCUCGCUACCUGGUGUCCAUUCUUUCAAUGGCUCAGGUACUCCGGUCAUGGUGGAUCGAUAUCCUUCCCGUGGUAUCUUCCUGAUUUGCAUGUCCUCUAUGAUUUUCAUUAUUUUGUACAAAGCCGGAUUUAUUGUUUGUUCAUGAAGCAUCAGAGAAUAAAAUUAUUUGCCAUGUUGGCGUGACA